AUGGAACCUUGCAAGAAAUUUCAGCCUGCAUUAGCCUCUUCUUCUGAUCACUCCGACACACAGCGAUCAAACACCUCGGAAACGGAGAUUCGAGUAUGCCUAGACGACGAAACUAUUUCCAGUGACCUAGUCCAAUCCGUAUUUUAUCAGAAUGUCGAAACAGUCACUCGUAUAUUGGACGAAAACCGCCACUUGGUCAACAGCAACGUGGUGGACUUUGCAGAAAGUUAUCGCAGCUGGAGACUCGGCUGGAUAAAGCUUGACACAUGGCCAUGCUCUCCAGAACGUGCGAAGCUACGAAAGGAAACGGAACCACUUCUUUCAUUUGCAGUAUACGCAUGUAGUUACAGAAAGGGCCAUCGUUAUACUGACAGCGUACCCGAUGAAGCCAUCAAAAUAGUUGAACUACUUGUCCAACGUGGUGCAACCGUUUGUGAUGAGGAAAGAGGCACAUUGAUUGGCGAUGUUUGCUACCGUCAAGACAGUGCCGCUAUAAUACGACUUUUGUCUUGCGCCGGAGCUGAUCCACUCGGCCAAUGCCUCACAGCUCAAGAGAAGUUGGUCACAGCUGUUGAGAUUGCCGCAAAGGCUGGUGGCCACCAGUCGCUUGCAUGGCUUCUGGACUAUGCUCUCUCCCAAGGCGAAGCGAUUGAUGAUUACAUUGAAGCACUACACACUAUAGCACGCAAUGCUUAUGAAGACUGUCUUCUGGAAUUUCUCAAGAGAGGAGCAGAAAAGCUGAUUAAUCGCAGAGUUCAACCUACAUUCACUGCUUGGGGUGCAGCUUGCUCCGCUCCAUCGGAUUCAGAACGCGGAUAUACUGCUCUCACAGAAGCAGUCUUUUCCAGCAGCAUACGUGGCUAUUUCUUGCACACUGAUAGACGCCAACGGGCAUGGUUAAUGGACGAGAGCACCGCGAGAAGGGAACGCGUUGCUUGGAAAUUGCUUGAGAAAGGAGCACAAACCAACAUAAGGGAUCCUCACUCCAAUAAAACUCUGAUAUAUGGAGCAUGUAAAUGGGCCAGCAAAGAGCUGGUCUCCCAUUUGAUUGACAUGUCCGGCCAUGAUCUGGACGAGAAGUUCCACGAGAGCACAGACCGUUGUCGCCCCGGGCCGGAUAAAUGGGGAGGAGACGGUGUUGGAUAUCUUCACAUCGCGGCAUUUUAUAUAAAUGCCGAGGUGGUGAAACAUCUAUUAUCCAGGGGGUUGAAGCAGCAAACCGACCAAUACAAACGAACACCGCUACACUGGCUGGCGUUGUCAGACCAAGAGUACAAAUGGGCUUCGCCAUCUGAAAUAUUUUACGGAGGGAUUCCGGAGAAUCCUGACGUACAGGAAAAUCCUGCGCCGGCUUUCGCCGUCAAGGCAGCCACCUAUCUGCUUGACAACGGACUGGAAGACAUCAAUGCCCAAGAUUCUUUUGGUCGGACACCGUUGCACUAUGCUUGCUCAAAUUUGAUGUCUGAGCUUCACAGUUUUCUCAUAUCUCGGGAUGCGGAUGUCAAUCUUAGAGACCACAAAGGAUGUACGCCGCUUCAUUUGCUCGUCAACGGAACCAGCGGUAACCACCCAAGAGAUUGCGCGUUUCCAGUUGAGAGCACGUCCCUGUGUUUCAAGGCAUACAGGAAAAACAUUGACAUUGACGCAAAAGACAAUCUUGGGCGCACGCCCCUUCUUAGAGCGUGCGAGGUCCACGCUGUAAACGUCACGAAGCUGCUGCUCGAAAUUGGAGCAGAUCCGAAUAUUGGCGACAAUGACGCUUGCACGCCGCUCCAUUACGCAGUUUCGUUUCCAGAAUGGACGCUGUCAGAUCAUUGGCUGGGGAAUUCCUGUCGAGUGAUCCCAAGGGCUGAAGAGCUGAAAAUGGCUCUUCUUGCUGCCGGAGCAGAUGCCACACGGCAAAAUAACCAAGGGCAAAACGUGGCUCAAGUUGAGAUACAGGAAAAAUUAAACUACCAGCAAAAGGCGCUGGAAUUGAAGAGGAUGAUGGAACAACCUGUUAAGCCAUAUAUGGGCCGGGGCCGAAGGACUCGCGGGACAGAGCCGCCAGAUACAACUACAUUGCGACAAAAAUGA